GGCGGCGGCGGUUGGGCGUCUGCUCCGGCCGCGCCGGGUGAUGGCGGCCUGGGUCGCCGCUCUGCCGUGGGACGAGGAGGACGCGGCCUGCACAGGGUAAGAUCUUUCCAGAGAAAUCAUUAUGGUGCGACAACGAAGAUGCAUGUUAUGUCAUAUUGUGUACAGCUCAAAAAAGGAAAUGAAUGAACACAUGAGAAGCAUGCUUCAUCACAGAGAACUUGAAAACCUGAAAGGGAGGGACAGCAACCAUGAGUGUCGUGUGUGCAGGGUGACAGUGGUGGGCUUAUCAGCUUAUGCCAAGCACAUCUCCAGCCAGCUACACAAAGACAAUGUCUAUACCUAUGACAGGAAAGAAGAAGGGAAAGAAGAAGAUGAAGGAGAAUACUUUGACAAGGAACUAAUUCAAUUAAUCAAGCAAAGGAAAGAACAGAACCGGCAAAUUGAAACUUGCUGUGCAAACCAAGAUAUAGAACCUGAUGACAGGAGACCACAAAGGAGGAGUAACGAAAGAGCUACUUAUGAAGACAGAGAAGAUUAUGAUCAGUCAUCGUGGCACCAUCGUGGCCCAUCACAGAACAACUGGAAAUGGAAAGUUGAUGACUUUAUUAAUCCUAGACAAAGCAAAUUCCCUCAGUCUGUGAGGAACCUUAAUACAAACAGGCACCCUAGUAGUCCAAGAGGGCGCUCUGGAUGGCACCAAAAUAGUUCCGGAGGGCCUCCUAAUUGGCAUCAUGGCCAUGGGAAUUCUGGAAGUGUUUGGCAUGCAGGAGGAAGCACAUCAAACUGGCAUGGUGCACCGGGAAGAAAUUCCAACUGGCAUUCUGAAGGAGCAGGUGGUUUUUCAACUUGGCAUUCUAACAACUGUGGAGGAAACUGGAAAUCUAAUUCUCAUGGUGGAAAUAGCUGGAAUUUUGGUGGCUCAGGAGAUAAAUAUGCAUUAGGAAGAAACAGGCCUGCAAAUACUAGCUCCAAGCCAGAAGAUGUAAGCAUUACCUGGAAAACCCCAAAUAAAUAUACCCCCAAAAAGUACACAUGGCUUUCACAGAAAAAUGACAGCACUGGCAAUGUGUUGCCUUGUGGUGGUUCAGCAGAUAAUAGGAGUAAUUCAUUGGAUUUUACUAGUGAUGCACUCUCUGAAGGAAGUUUACUGGAUUUUGCAAUGUCUGAGCAACCUGAGAGCAAAAUUUCCAAGAUCAGUGGCAAAAGUAGUAGCCCUUCCAGAGAUAAAAUGCAUCGUUGGUCUCCUUAUCCCUCGCAGAAAGCUGUAGAUCAGCAGCCAGGGCCUGAAGACAGUGUUUCUAAAACCUUAGAGAAAACAGAUACAGUAUGUACACCUCUAUUUGAGCCACCCAUGAAAAUGAAGGAUUGUGAAAAUAAUGUAGCUAGGCUGAAAAAAUGGGCAGAGUCUUCUUGUUAUAAAGCUACCUCUGAUCAUCUUAAUACUCACAAAAUGCUGACAGACUCUACCAGUGAAGGAAGACCUGAUCAGGAUGAUGGCAAAAGUAACAGGAUGCCAUCACUGAAAUCCCCUCUCCUGAAUCUUCCAGGCCUUAAGUCCUUUUUACAAAAUCAAGACCCAAAGACGCAGAAUCUAUUGAAAAAUGUCAGAAUUCUCUUAUCACACACUGGAGAAUGUGAGAAUCAUCUGAAUGCACUAAACUUGGAAACUAACUGCUCCUCCUCUUAUAUGUCCAAGCUGCAUAGUAUGUGUACUCAUAGCUUAAAAAGCAACAGAAAUGUGCUUGACAGUGAUCAGAAUGAGCCUAUUAAUAAUCAGAGUGAAAAACAGCAAAAAACUAAAGAAGAUAUGCGAUCCAAUCAUUCUUUGCAAAAUUCUUUAAGCUCCUACAAAGAUACAGAGAUCAAACAAAAUGAUGAUCAAAACACAGAAGGAAUUUCAAAAACUGAUAAAUCUACUUUAGAUGAGGCGAGUGAUGAGGAACCAGCAGGGAGUGAAAAGUCUGAAUUAGGAAUUGAAAAGUUUGAUGUUUGUUUACCAGGUGACCCUGUGGAGUAUGAACAUGCUAGUGCUAGAAAGAAAAAUGACACAGGAGCAUUAAGUAAAUCUCCAAAUUCAAAUAUUGUCACUGAUAAUCAGAAAGGUUCUGAAUUUCAAAUGGAAAGUGCAGUGUCUCCAUCAGGCCCUAAACACCACUUGGAUUUGGAUUUGAAAGCCCCUCAUGGGGGUGAAGGUGACGAGAAUCCUAUUAAGUCAAGUGAGCAUUUUGAAAUGGAAAGCUUUGAAAACCAUUCGGAUCAUGAACUUCAAAAAGGAGGCAACCAAUCUUCAGGCCCCUUGCUUCCUGACUUAAGCAAACUUGGCCUCCCUGCUUCCCUUCAAAGAGACCUGACCAGACACAUUACUUUGAAGAGCAAAAGUGGGGGACAUCUUCCUGAACCCAAUCUCAACAGUGCACGUCGCAUUCGAAACGUCAGUGGUCAUAGAAAGAGUGAAACUGAGAAGGAGUCUGGACUUAAACCAACCUUGAGGCAGAUUCUUAGUGCAUCCCGAAGACACGUAAACUGGGAGCAAGUCAUUCAGCAGGUAACCAAGAAGAAACAAGAACUUGGCAAGGGUUUACCAAGGUUUGGCAUAGAGAUGGUUCCCCUUGUUCAAAAUGAACAGGAAGGUCUAGAUUUAGAUGAAGAACCUGACAUAUCCACUCUAGAAGGAUUUCAUUGGGAAGGGAUUUCUAUAACAGCAGCUGGAUCAGCUAGGAAACGCAGCUUCUCUGAGAGCAGUGUGAUUGUAGACAGGAAUGUGUCUGCUUAUGGCUUCUUCGCUGACCAAGCCACAGCAAAAGAAUGUGAGCAAAGGCAAAUCAAUUCACAUCACAUAAUGUCUGGAUUUAAAGAAACUGCUGACACUGUAGCUGACCAUAGCCAGGAGGCAUGCUAUCUUCCCUUGGCACCCUUCUUGUCUGAAAGAAGUGAAGCCAUUACCAACGGAAGGAGAGACAGCCUACAGAAUCUAUCUGGUCUUUCAAGUCCCACAACAGUUACUGCAAAACAAGACCCAGAGAGCCCAGAAAAUACAACAUCACCUCUUGAAAAUCAAAAUACAUUAGAGAUCACAGGAGAAGGAAAUGUUUUGGCUUCAAGUGGAUCUUCAGCACUUGCAGUAUCCAACUCUGUAGAUGCAGCUACAGACAGUAGCUGUACAUCUGGUACUGAGCAGAAUGACAGCCAGGGAAUUGGAAAGAAAAGAAGAGCAACUGGCGAGGGAUCCUCUCCUGAAAUUCCAAGUCUAGAAAGAAAGAAUAAAAGGAGGAAAAUUAAAGGCAAAAGAGAGCGUUCCCAGGUAGACCAAUUGUUGGCUAUUUCCUUGAGGGAAGAAGAGCUGAGCAAGUCCUUGCACAGUGUGGACAAUAGCCUCUUGCAAGCUCGGACAGCUCUACAGGCAGCCUAUGUUGAAGUUCAGCGGUUCCUUGUAUUAAAACAGCAGAUAACAAUGGAGAUGAGUACAUUGAGGAGUCGCAGAAUCCAGAUCCUGCAGGGGCUACAAGAAACAUUUGAACCUUCUGAGCAGUCAGAGCAGCUCACAUGCAAUAUCACAAAUGAAAGAAGAAAUAGCAGAACACAGACAACAACAACAGCUGACCUGUUUCCUCCAAGCCCCUUCUUCCCCCUGCUGGAUACUUCAUGUCUCUCCACCCACAUAUCCCCUUCUAGUACUGCCUUGGGAGCCCCUGCCCAUGUAAGCACCUCUGCUAGCAUUGCAUCCACCACUGUUCCUGAUUCAUCAGUUCAAAUUAAGAAAGAGCCUGUGCCUGCGGAGCAUGGAGAGGAGAGCAUGAAUACUGAACUUCCUUGCUCUGUGCGUGCACCUGAAGCAGAAGUACAGCAGAAAAAUGAGGAGAUCAGCCAGAAAACUUCAGUGUAUCCAGUUAUCUCUGCAACUAUCUCCCUGUCAGAACUGACUGCUGCUUUCCAGCAACCUAAUCAAGAUGCUUCCAAACCUGCUAUGGACACAGGAAGGGCGAGGCUGCAUGGGACCCCUUCCCCUUCCCAUUCACCAUCUGCUCUCAGCAGAAGAGGAGCAAGUGAAACUCUGACUGAAAGCACUUUACCUGACCCAUGUAGUAGUUCCCUUCCAAAUCAGUCAUUUGCUUUAGAAACAUCAUUAGAUAAAGACUCCAAGCCAUCAGAAGAACAGCCCGAGCAACAGGCAGAAACUACUCUUGUGUCCGCAGAAAGCAAAGGAAACAGGAGAAGGAAAAGGCUAAGAAAGAAGAAAACUCUCCGUGCAGCCCACAUACCUGAGAAUAGUGACACUGAACAGGAUGUAAUUGACUCUAAACCUGUUAGGAAGGUGAAGGUUGGGAAGGGACCCAAAGGUGAAAAAGUUACUACGUCCACGCCUCCAAAACAAGAGGAUGAAGGCACUACUCAAGAAGCAGAGAGAAACAAAGAUGAAAAUGACAGUGAUAUUUCUCUUGAAUUAGUGGAAAUCACAAAUCCCCAGUUUGAAGUGGUGGCCAUAGGUUCAUCAGAGUCAGGAAAUGAAAAACCAGACAGUCCAUCCAAAAGGGACUCCUGCGGGCAAGCAUUAAUGGAGGCAUCUCAUUCUGGUUAUGAUGAAGUGAGUUCCACUAGUGAAAUUGGCACAAAUUGCAAAGAUGGUGUUAAGAGAAGUGUGGCUGAGACCCAGACGUCUAUAUCAUCCAUAAGAGGGUUGAAGAAUUCUUCAGAAGUGUCUUCAGAGCCAGGUGAGGAUGAAGAACCUACAGAAGGGAACUUUGAAGGACAUGAAGCUGCUGUAAAUGCUAUUCAGAUUUUUGGGAAUUUGUUAUAUACCUGCUCAGCAGACAAAACUGUCCGUGCCUACAAUUUGGUUAGCAGAAAAUGUGUCCGUGUUUUUGAAGGACAUACUUCAAAAGUGAACUGCCUUCUGGUUACUCAGACAUAUGGAAAGAAUGGAGUCCUCUACACUGGCUCUAGUGACCACAAUAUCAACUGUUACAACAUUAAGACCAGAGUGUGCAUAGAACAGUUUAAAUUGGAAGACCGGGUGCUCUGUCUACAUAGUCGAUGGCGAAUUCUCUUUGCGGGCUUGGCAAAUGGCAGCGUGGUCACUUUCAGUAUAAAGAACAACAAGCAACUGGACACCUUUGAAUGCCAUGGCCCUAGAGCAGUGAGCUGUCUAGCCACGGCUCAGGAAGGGGCACGCAAAUUGUUAGUAGUGGGAUCCUAUGACUGUACCAUCAGUGUGCGGGAUGCUCGAAAUGGACUGCUUCUCCGAACCCUUGAAGGUCAUAGUAAAACAAUACUGUGCAUGAAGGUUGUAAAUGAUCUGGUGUUCAGUGGCUCUAGUGAUCAGUCUGUCCAUGCACACAAUAUACAUACAGGAGAGCUUGUACGAAUCUAUAAAGGGCACAAUCAUGCAGUAACUGUUGUUAAUAUUCUGGGGAAGGUGAUGGUGACAGCCUGCCUGGAUAAAUUUGUCCGUGUUUAUGAGCUACAGUCUCAUGACCGUUUGCAAGUCUAUGGAGGACACACAGAUAUGAUCAUGUGUAUGACCAUUCAUAAGAGCAUGAUCUACACUGGCUGUUACGAUGGCAGUGUCCAAGCUGUGCGGCUUAACCUGAUGCAGAAUUACCGCUGCUGGUGGCAUGGAUGUUCACUAAUAUUUGGAGUUGUGAACCACCUGAAACAACAUUUGCUAACAGAUCACACCAACCCAAAUUUUCAGACCCUAAAAUGUCGCUGGAAGAACUGUGAUGCUUUCUUCACAUCUAGGAAAGGUUCUAAGCAGGAUGCUGUAGGGCACAUUGAAAGACAUGCCGAGGAGGACAGCAGGAUUGACUCAUGAAGCUUUUUUGUCUCCCACAUUGGGAAGUAAUUUUAUUCAUCAGAAAUAUUCCGUGCAUCAUCUGCCUGUUACCCCACCUCUUUUCCCAUGCUUUUCCUCCUUGGAAUGCAAAAAGGGAGUGGGGCCUGAUGGCUCGAUUACAGAGAUUGCAUGUCUCAUGCAGCCUUGUAGAAAUGGGAAUAAUCCAUUGAGACUCAGACCAAACAGAAGAAUUUUUCAAGUUUUAAUUAAUCAAAAAACACAAAGAAAAUCUCCCCCCUCUCGUCUGCCAUUUUAAGAGUCAUAUUCUGUAUAUGUAAGUUUGGGCAUUCAGAGAGGGGGGUUCAGUACCCAGAUUAAAAAUAGGUACCAGCAUUUGCUACUUUAUCUUAAAAUCUGUAAGCAUUUAAUCAAGGUGGGUUACUGUUUACAUGUCUGCUUCACGCUGUAUCUAAUUCCCACAAACAAAUAAAUUCAAUUUUGGCUUUUGCCAGUUUUAAUAAAAUAUUGCUAACAAGAAAGACGCAUGUUUUACAAAGAGUUUAAAUUAAUUUCCAGUAGAAAUUUUGGCUGUCUUCAUAAAACUGUCUGGCCUUUUAACAUGGGACUGGAAUAAAUGAACAGUUCCUUUUUUAAGGAAUUGAAAUGUAUACUUUAAUAUUUUUAUUCUUCCUUUGUCUAAAAGUUGCUUUAACUGGUAAAAUGUAUACAGUGACUGAUUGGAUUUUAUUGUCCUACACAUUAUAUUCCCUAAGGGGGAGUUAAGAUAAGAACAGACACUGUUUGAGAUGUAUUAUAGCAGCAAAGCAGUCAAACUAUUAGGUCCAUUAAUCUGUCAGAAUAUCAGGCAACUCAUUACCAGACAAUAUGGAGAGUGACACCAGUUUUUAUUUUGCAUUUAAACACCAGCACAGUAUAAUUAUAAUCAUUAUUGUGUUGAUAUGGCAGCAGUUUUUUUCCAAUUUUGGGACAAAGUAACUAAUAUUGCGAGAUUUUUAUUUUAUUUCUGUUGAGAUCUUGUAUGGAAUAUUAGCCAGUGGCACUUGUGCUGACUUAUGGAAACCCAACUUAUUAAACAUAGGCACAAACACCACAUAGCUAAUGACAGUCAUUUUGUGUUGCUUUGUUUAUGUUGUAAACAUGGUCUGCAUCAGGUUCACAUUAACUCAAGUUUAUCAUGGAAUCGUGCAAUAAAGAAGGCUGCUGGUUUUGGAGCAGGAUGUUAAAGUCUGAGGAUUUCAAGCAGAAGCUGAGGGUAUCAAGUGCAUAACAUUUAUAUAAAGCUUGUUUCUACAAAUGCUUCUGAGGGAUUACGUUUUCAUUUGCUUCUCAGGGAGACUGAAAUCUCAUUUGUGCAUUCAGAACAACAAAAUGAAAAAAAAGCUCUUUAUUCAUUUGAUAGUUCCUUUGUUCUCUUAGGCAGUGAGACUGAAAGUAGCAGAGGCUUUCUUCUCUCCUGUUGUAAUAACCAUCUUAAGACAAGAGAGGAAGAGUUCCUACCAGCUAUGCACAGAAAGUAAAAAAACAA